GCUGGUCUCGCAGUGCCGUGCUGGAGCUGUACCGGGCGCUGCUCCGUGCAGGGCGUCAACUUCAGUACACUGACCGCAAUUACUAUCGUCGUGCUGUGGCUCGCGAGUUUCGCCGCUGCCAAGCCCUGACGGUACCUGAAGAUAAGGAGGACGCACUGAAGAGGGGCCAGUUCUUCCUCAACAGCCGAUUGGGUGGGCUUAUGUAGCGGAACGGGUCACGGGUUAAAGGUCAUCUGGAGGUUUAUCUCCCAGUGGAAGGAUGGCGGGGGUGAAUGGAGACCGUAAAGGGAAGAAAGAUGACAAUGGGAUUGGCACAGCCAUUGACUUCAUGCUUUCCAAUGCUAAGCUUGUGCUGGGAGUGGGAGGAGCAGCCAUGCUCGGCAUUGCAACGCUUGCUGUCAAAAGAAUGUAUGACCGUGCUAUAAGUGCGCCCACCAGCCCCACCAAUUUGGAGCCGACGGGAAAGAGAAGCUGGGAGGAGCCCGCCUGGAUGGGUUCGUCACCACGGGUACUGAACCAUGAAAUGAAGUCCACAGUUAGCAGGUCUCUACAGUCUCUGCCUACUUCCUCACAUGCUUUUGAACCAGACUGUCUGCGGAGGGCUGUGGGUCGAGCUGCUGUGGGAGGCAGCGGUGCCACUCAGUCAGAUCGGCAGCGGGCCCGAAUGCGUUUGUCCCUGCACGAACAUCUGUGGGAGUUCUACCAAAAUAAUGUGAACAUCCCUACUGAGGAGCAGGCUGUGGCUAGGAGGGCUGCGCUGGACAUCUGUGCCGAACUCCGAGUGUUCCUUCACGCCAAACUGCCCGACAUGCCACUCAGAGAGAUGUACCUGAGUGGCAGUCUGUACGAUGACCUGCAGAUGGUGCCUCUUAUCUUGGAGAAGAACUUGUGGUCGUCCAUCCCCGGGGAGGACACCAUCAUGAAUGUCCCGGGUUUCUGGCUUGUCCGCAGGGAGAAUUUGGAGUAUUUCCCACGGAACAGCAGCUACUGGGACCGCUGCAUGGUCGGAGGCUACCUCUCCCCUAAAUCAGUUCUCGAGGUCUUUGACAAGCUCGUGGCUGGCUCCAUCAACUGGCCCGCUAUAGGGAGUGUCCUCGACUACAUCAUUCGUCCUGUGGUUCCCUCAGAAACACUGACCCUGGAGGUGCAGUACGAGACGGACCGGAAACUGUACGUGGACUUCCUACCGUUACUUGUAAUGGAGGAUGGAACCUCGCUGAUUGCCAAACCACAUCGACUCGCCGCAGAGCGCCACGAAAACUUGUGGCGGCAGAGCUUCCGUGUGGCCGAGACGGCGCGACUCAGGGCCCUGGACCAGGAGGACGGAGGCUGCCGGUGCGCCUGCCUAAAGCUGGCAAAGGCCGUGUGCAAGCUCAACCCUGCCCUCAACCGACUCAACGCCAGCCAGCUCACCAACACCAUCUUAUUGCUGUGCGAAAAAGAAGGCGACUGGACCCAAGAAGCACUGGCUGACCGGUUCCUACAGCUGCUACGAGCGCUAGUGGGACACCUAGAGGCCGGGAGGCUGCAAUGUGCCCUCAGCCCUAAAGUUAACUUAUUUUGUGAGCUGACUGAACAAGAAGUGGACGAGCUGGGAUAUACGCUCUACUGCGCUCUCUCAGAUCCGGAGGGGUUGCUGAGAACUGCUGUGGCACAGCCGCCCAAUCCCUGACAACCUCGUAUGAUAACGUCACCAAACGGCGACAUAACAUUCAAAUUUCAACAACUGAUUUUUGGGUAAUGAUGACCUAGAGUCAUGAUGAGGUUCCUGGGGGG